AUGGAAAACCAGAAGUUUGCAAUCGUCCAAUGGAUUGACAGAUUUACCAGUAUUAUAAACCUAGAUGCAGUGAAAUUUCCAAGAAAACCUCUGGAAGAUUACACGGAAGGAGAAUAUGUUACAGCCCUAUAUGGGAAGAAGAAGUACGAAGCCAGAAUCUCUGAAAUAUCUGGAGAUAGGACACAUUUGGCUUCAAAGAAAUCCAAUGAAGGCAAUUACCCUCUUAGCUUUGUUUAUGAGGAUCAUGACGAACCCAGAUCUCAAAGUGAAAGCCAUGUGAAAAGGACAGCAUCAGCUGACCAGGUUCCUGCAUCAGAUACCGAAAAGCAGUCAACUCUGGAUACAGUUGGACCUAGUAACUCAGGUGACCAUGUACCUGCAUCAGAUACCGAAAAGCAGUCAAGUCUUGAUGCAGGUGGCCCUAGCACAGGUGGCCAGAUACCUGAAUCAGAUGCUGCAAAACAGACUGAAAAGCAGGCUAGCAGAGAUACAAUUGGACCUAGCUCAUGUGAUACGUCAGUGCCAGAAUUGCCAAAUUUAUUUCCAAGAACACCAACUGCUACUCCUGUCAGCUCUUAUUCUAGUAAAAGGAAACUGGAAAGAAAAGUAGACCAGCUCGAGAAGGAUGUCAAGGAGCUGAGGGGAACAGUUAAAUCUUUGAAUAAAAGAUUGAAGGCAUUCGAGGAGAAAGAAGCUGACACUACUCCGUCAAAAAUGCUGGGGUCUGGUGCGUGUUCAGACUCAAUGAAUUCGGACAGUGGGUUUGAGGAACUGAUGUCCGCAGUGUCCCAUCUUCCAGGGAUCAUUGAAAAAGACAUAAAUGCAGUUGUAAGGCGCACUUCAUUGAAAGUGUUUAGUGCAGCAGAAAUACUUGGCUGCACCAGAACGGGGAAAAAGACUGUUAAGUGUGGGGAGACAGCAAAACAGCUCUUGGCAACCAGAAGUUAAGACUGGUGGAGAGGGUUGUUGUUUCGAAGUGCCCAGCAGUGACAACAGAUAUUUUUAAUAAAAAAAAUGACAAUUUGUUAAAAAUGGAAAGGAGGAACCACUCGGUGAAGGAACAACUAUGAGGGUCAGGGUUGACUAGUCCUGGACUAGUAGAUAUAUAUUUCAGCAAGGACU